UUCCGACUGCCCUCAAACGUAACCUAUUUAUGACCAUUCGUGACAACGGGAGCAGUGAACGUAACAGUUAGCAUUACGCUCUGAGCUACAGCUAAAUACAAAAUACAAGACCCAGUGGAAAGAGAGGCAGCAUCUUUAUGGAUUGCCAUAUGGAUUCUCCUCGGCAAUCUAUGAAGGCUCACCAGAAUCGAGAGCAGAAGCGCGGCCAGAAUCAGAUGGCUGCCCCUUCUCAGAAAGAUGCCUAUGCCAGACUUCUCAGCCAGCACCGCAGCAGCAAGUUCAGUUUGUAUCUGGAGCAAUACUCAAAUGACUUGUCAUUCCAAAGGGAGGCAAACCCGCCGAGCGCGCUGCUCAAAGCCCAGAGCGACAGGCUGAACAUCCCGCAGCGGCGAAGGGACCAGGUGCCCAACGAUUUCUCCGAUUCCAGUGACUUCUCCCCCACCUCCUUGAAAAGUAAAGGAGAGACGUAUAUGGAGAGGCUGAGCAGUCCCGCCGCUCAGCAGGACUGCGCCAGGAAGCAAGAUGCAUCCGACAGGCAGCGGCGUGGACAAAGAAGGGACACCACCACCAGCCAAGACGGGGACAUCGAGUCCGGUGAGGAAUUCAGCUCGGUCACACCCAGUGACUCGAACAAACAACUGAGGCAGCAGCAGCAGCAGCAGAAGAAAAACAAAGAGGCAUUUGUCGUAUCACCCCAGUCCCCAAAUAAAGCCGGUGCAAGUGGACAGGAACAGGAGAAGAUGAAGAAGCCGAAGAAAAAGAAUCUGCCCCAGCAGCCGGAAGAAGAGAAGAGCAAAGACGGGCCCGGGGUUAACGCUCAGCUGUCAAGGCCCAAGUCUCCUCACGGUAAAGACAAGAAGACACAACAGCCUAGAGCUUCGACAACCAACUCUCCUGCGGACAAAAGCAAGAACAAAGGGGGCAAAGGAUCAAAGAAACAAGUGUUCGAAUCCUACAUGACGUCGGAGGAGGUUUCCCAAGGCCUCAAACGAGGAGAGCUCAUUCAAGGACAAUUGAGAAUCAACCCUAAGAAGUACCAGGAAGCUUUCAUCCCGUCUCCUAAUGACAAGCGGGAUAUAUUUCUGGAUGGGAUUGUAUCCCGCAACAGAGCGCUGAAUGGAGACGUAGUGGUGGUGCAGGUCCUACCUCCAGAGCAGUGGAAGGUGGUGAGGUCAGACACUGAGUGUGAGGGUGCCAGUGAGUCGGAGACCAAGAGGGAACACGUGGUGCAGAAGAAAUUGGAGCGCACGCCCAGGCCUGAUGUCAUUGUGGAGGACCGGUAUAACGACCGGGAUGAACUCGUAAGCAAAGUUCAGAAUAUCGCCCUCAGCGACAAAGGGAGACCUCUGGAAGACACCUCGAUCCCACGGUCCGUUGGUGAAAUACUCCAAAAGACUGCAAAAGUGGUGUACAUUGUUGAGAAGAAACACUCGAGGGCAGCGACAGGCUUCCUGAAGUUCCUGCCAGACAAGCCUUUUGCCAUGUUUGCCCCUGUGGACCACCGGGUGCCACGGAUUAACGUUCCCCUGGCCGACUGUCCCCUGGACUUCAGUUCCCGCCCGGGCGACUACAUCAGCACGUUGUUUAUCUGUCGCAUCACCAACUGGUCGACCGACAGCAACUUUGCAGAAGGUCGACUUGCUAAGACUCUGGGUCAAGCUGGAGAAAUCGAGCCGGAGACGGAGGGCAUCCUGACGGAGUACGAUGUGGAUUUUUCCGAGUUCUCCGAUGAGGUGUUAGACUGCCUCCCCAAGAACCUGCCCUGGACCAUUCCACCUGAGGAGAUGAAGAAGAGGAGAGACCUGAGGAAGGAGUGCAUCUUCACAAUCGACCCCGCGACCGCCCGAGAUCUGGACGAUGCUCUGUCCUGUAAACAACUCCCAGAUGGAAACUUUGAGUUGGGAGUCCACAUUGCCGACGUGAGUUAUUUUGUGGAGGAGGACAAUUCUCUGGAUUCCAUUGCCAGCCGAAGAGCAACUAGUGUGUACAUGGUUCAAAAGGUGAUCCCCAUGUUACCCAGGCUGCUUUGUGAGGAGCUGUGCAGUCUCAACCCUCUCACCGACAGGCUCACUUUCUCCGUCAUUUGGAAGAUCACACCCGAGGGGAAGAUCCUGAGCGAGUGGUUCGGCCGCUCGGUGAUCUGCUCCUGCGUGAAGCUGAGUUACGACCACGCUCAGAGCAUGAUCGAGGCGCCCGAUAAGAUGUUCUCAGCUGAGGAGCUGCCCCCCGUGGACCCCACGCACCCCAUCGAUGAGAUCCACCAGGCCGUGCUCAACCUGCACUCCAUCGCCAAGAACCUCCGGGCUCAGCGCUUCUCAGGCGGAGCCCUCAGACUCGACCAGUUGAAACUGUCUUUUACGCUGGACAAAGAGACCAUGAUGCCUCAGGGCUGCUAUGUUUACCAGUACAGAGACAGUAACAAGUUGGUAGAGGAGUUCAUGCUGCUGGCCAACAUCGCCACCGCCAACCACAUCUACCGCAAAUUCCCUGGGCUGGCCCUGCUCCGACGCCACCCUCCACCGAAAGCCAAGAUGGUGGACGAGCUGCAGGAGCUGUGUGACCAGUUGGGCAUUGACAUUGACCUGUCCUCGGCAGGAGCACUGCACAAGAGUCUCAACACUACUCUCGGUGAUGACGAAUAUACCAGUGCCAGGAAAGAAGUGCUCACCCACAUGUGCUCCAGACCCAUGCAGAUGGCGUUGUACUUCUGCACGGGCGUGGUGAAGGAGGAGCAGCAAUUUAAGCACUACGCCCUGAACGUGCCUCUCUACACACACUUCACAUCGCCCAUCAGGCGCUACGCUGACAUCAUUAUGCACCGGCUCCUGGCCUCUUCCCUGAAGUGCGGGCCUCACUUGGGGCUGUCGACAGAAGAGGUGGAAAAGCAGGCGUCGCAUUGUAACGACAGGAAGACGGUGUCGAAAAGAGUCCAGGAGCUCAGCUCGGAGCUCUUCUUCGGCGUGUUUGUUAAGGAGUGUGGCCCCCUGGACUCUGAGGCCAUGGUGAUGGGGGUGUUGGAUCAGUCCUUUGAUGUGCUGGUUCUCCGCUACGGAGUUCAGAAACGCAUCUACUGCAAGUCUGUCUCGGGCCUGGACUCGUUUCGCCAUCAUAAGGUGGGGAAGAAGUCGGAGCUGACUCUGGUCUGGACACCAGAUGACCUGGAGAAGGCUCCAGUAGAGCAGAUUAUUUCAGUCUUCACUCUGGUGGACGUGCAGCUCCGAGCCGACGGCGCACCGAUGAAAUACAGCGCAGUGCUCAAGAGGCCCGGUGACAGCGACUCCUAAACACUGCGGUGUUUCCCCCGGAGCGCGCACACACACACACACACACACACACACACACACACACACGUACACAGGAGCUCAGAAUUGCACCUUUAAUUUAGUAAAUUAAUGGACUUGACGUGUAGUUUAGAAGCUGAGUUUAGUGUGAGUGAGGAAAUUACCAUCAGAUCAGAGUCCGCUUACAUCUGCAGUUUCAGUCUUGACAUGAAGGACCAGUGGUCAUUUAUGUUUUAGCCUUUUACCUUUAAAAAAAAACCCCACACAGAUCAAAAUCACUGCUGCUCCUUUCCCAGAUAUAUUUUAGUGUUAAAGAUUUUUUCAAUUUGCCUUUCUCUGGUUUCUAUUAGUCUCUAUAAUACACAGACGUCUACAGGAAAGUGUGACAUGUAUAAUUUUUGCAGGAACCAGGUGGGUAACGUUAUGUUUUGGAAAGUGCCAAUCUAAAUCGCACGUAUGGGUUAACAUGUCACAUCCAUUCAAGCCAAAAAGAAGUGAGUAAUGGCCAAACGUUCGGUUUUUUAUUUGACUCAGUGUGGAUCUCAAAUUUAAUUUGGGCUCAGUUCUGUCGGUGAAGGAACCGAGGCAGCAAUGGCUUUAAUUUCGCCGUUGAUUUAUUGACCUAAUGAGGUCGGUCUUUACGUGAUAUAACUGUUGCACACUGGUUUAUUGUGUGGAAACUGAUCAUUUUAAAUUAUUUAUAGCUUGAGAUCGGUGAGAGAAGAGGCUCAUAUCUUUGUGUUGGCAAACAACAGGGUGUAACACUCUGCUUAUGUUUGCCGGUAAUGUAAUUAGUGGUGGAUGUAGAGGGGGCUACAUGGGGUAUGAUGGUACAUCUGUGGCAGUAGAAGGUUUGACUACAUCACAUUCACAGAACAUGUAUAGGAACGUUUGCAUAUAGGAACAAAACUGCCACCUGCCACGCGUCAUCUUUGACUUUUAAUAUCACCAGUGUGUAUUUAUAUAUUGUUUUAUACAAGGGCCACAGUCGUGUCAUUUUUUUUAAAAGGAGGGUUCUGUGGUUCUAUAACCGCAGAUAACUGAGUUGUUCUAUGUGAGGCCAAAGCUUAAUGAUUUAUCAACUCAUUGUUACUGUUUUUUUUUAUAUAAAACAUGGGAAUGACUUGAAUGUGAAUUGCUGCUGAAUAUGUUUGGUGGCCUUAAGAACUCUAAUAAUUUCUUUCAUGUUGACUCAUGUGCUUUGGACUGCUUCCAACAAUUAUUUGUUUGUGGGCUUUUUUCUGUUUUUUUUGGAAUGAUCAGUACUUUAUGAACCUCAUAAAUAUAAACUGUGAAUUUCGGGCUUACGUUAAAGGGGCAGUGAGCGAUUCUAAAGCAAUACACAUUUUGUAAAAAAUCAGCCAACAUUUCCUCGUGCUCCGCUAGCUGUCGGUUCUGUGUGCGCAGAAAAAAUCCCGGUAAACCGAAAACAAAAAAACGGUGCUGACCGCACCACACAACACUACGGGUGCAGUUUGUAAACAUCAAUUUCCGACGCGUUGAGAGACAUGUUAGCGGGAGGUGCGGCAAGUGGUUAUCACAUCGGUCUCCCGUACCUGAGGUCGGGGGUUUGCGGCCCGGCCAGAGCAGUAAGAUCACCACCACAACAACAACAACAACAAAGAGAGAAACUAGCUUUCUCCAAAAUUGCUUACUGCCCCUUUAAACAAAUGAACAUACAUAGGACUGAGUGUCAUUACAACUGCACAUUUUGAAAUGGAUGUGGGCCACAACUUUGUCAGUGUGCCUCUUUAGUUGUCGCUCCUUUUCACUCUGAUUGAACGGUGCCAUGUUGUUCUUAGGAUUGUCAGAUUUUUAUUUUUUUGAAGCCUACCAUCGAAUGCUAUUAUUUAAUUUUGUUUUACAUCGUCUGAAAGUAUUUUUUAAACCAGCGAGUGGUUAGUGGUCAAAUUAUAAUUGUAGUUGUAAACGUGUUUGUGCGAUUAGAAUUAAAUGAGUUAAAUUAGGCUUCUCAAAUUUGAAAACCUUUGAAUCCAGUGAAAGCAAAAGAAGAUUAAGGAAAAAAACGUCUGCGUGUCUUUAGCAAAGAGCACGCGCCCGUACUGUAACUUCCAUUCUGGUUAAUAUUCAAAGAACAUUUGUUUUCUCGGCUAAACCCCCGCACAAAGCGAUAGAUGUCACUGUCUCUAGGUAAAUAAAUACAUACAUGAAAUCCAUGGGAAAA